UAAGUUCGCUUUUUGGAUGCCUUUGUUGGGUUUUGUAUUGCCAUUCUUUGCCUUUGUAGUUGUUCUUUUGGAAAACGCUCGAUUGGAAGACUGCAAGGAACUUGCCGCCAAUGUAGUAAUUUCCUUAUUGGGUUUUUUUGUCACUUUAAGGUUGAUUCCAAGUAUCAAAGACAAGUUCACUGAAGCUGGUCUGUUUGGCUAUGACAUCAACAAGAAGGGACUCGCUCAAGGCGAUAAGAAAAUACCAGAAGCCGUGGGACUUGUUUCAGCAACUAUUUACAUUCUUUGCAUAUGUUUGCUGCAUCUAUUCCGACAAAGCAACAACGUGGAAUUGUAUACUGCAGCUUUCGCUUCUGUUACUUUUAUGGUUCUUUUGGGUUUUGCAGAUGACGUUUUGAAUUUGAAAUGGCGCUAUAAACUAAUUUUGCCGCUUGUGGCAAGUCUGCCAUUGUUAGUGCUGUAUACAGGAGGAACUUGUGUUUUGGUCCCUAGGCCGCUACGUUUUCUAACCAAGGGCAGAUCUUUAGUAGAGUUGGGAAUCCUGUAUUAUAUUUAUAUGGCCUUGCUUUCAGUGUUCUGUACUAACGCAAUCAAUAUUUAUGCAGGUAUCAAUGGUCUUGAAGUUGGCCAAUCUGUUAUUAUUGCGUUGGCAGUUUUGUUACACAAUGCGUUGCAGUUGCAUCCGGGCGGAAACAAAGAUAACUUGGAUCUACUGAGACAAAAUCAUCUCUUCUCCAUCGAUCUUAUUUUACCCUUUUAUGCAACUUCUUUGGCACUUGCUUAUUACAAUUGGUAUCCAUCCAAAGUAUUUGUUGGUGAUACUUUUUGUUAUUUUGCAGGAAUGACUUUUGCUAUGGCCGCAAUUUUAGCACAUUUUAGUGAAAUUCUUUUAUUGUUUUUCAUUCCUCAAUUGAUCAACUUUAUUUAUUCUAUUCCACAACUCAUCGGCAUAGUACAUUGUCCUAGACAUCGACUGCCGAGGUUGAAUGGACAAACCGGCAAGCUUGAAGCUAUUCGAACCAACCUAAACCUUGUGAACCUUACAUUAUGGAUCUUAGGCCCAUUAACAGAACGACAAUUGUGUAUUGUUCUUUGUAGUUUCCAGGCUUUCUGCUGUGCAAUGGGCCUUUUCCUACGUGCUUGGGCACUGCAUUGGCUGUAAGGAGAGAAACAACAAGAAACUAUCCGAGGAUAUUUUAGUUUUAGUCAUCAAUAAAUUCAUCGUUCAAAUC